AUGCGCUUUAACACCAUUCUCGCAGUGGCUACAGCCGUCAAUUGCGCUGCAGCCUAUGACCCUGUCUUUCAGGUUCCCAGAUGCCCCUUGCGUUUCUCCCUUGAUUUCGACAAGACUGUACCUGACCAGAAACCAUUUCCUCGCACAACUGUCAGGCUUUGUUACGAUACCAAGACUAUCAACCUGAAAUUCGAGGCAAAGGACGAAAAGUACUUCUAUUUCGACCCGGAACAAAAGAUAAAUGACGAUAUCUGGAAGUAUGAAGUGAUGGAAGCCUUCAUUUCCUCAGGCCAUGCCGACCCUUCGACAUACCUGGAGUUUGAAGUCAGUCCCAACAACAUCACAUAUCAAGCGUUCGUCUACAAUCCGUCCAAAAAUCGAGCAGACGGUGCUCCAUUCGAUCAUGCUUUCAUCACCAAUCCCAUCGCCGACGGAAUAACUUCUCAAACAUCGCUAGCUCAACCUCAGGGAAAGUGGACUUCUGAAGUGCGUAUUCCUCUGGCUUUAUUUAACGUCGAUUCUGCUCGCGGCUCCAGGUGGCGCAUGAACUUCUUCCGCACUGUGACCUCCAAGGAGAUGUACCCGGAUCAGAUCCUCGGUGCAUGGAAUUCCCCAGACAAAGCAAGCUUCCAUAUAACCUCCUUUUUCAGAAAACUCGUCUUUGUUUGA